AUGGAACUGGCCGGUGCAUGCGAUGUUUACACACAGGAACUGUGGCGUCUCCGCUAUGGCUACCCUUUGUGGGAUCCGGAACUUGCGCCAGGAGGAGAAGUGCGCAUUGGCGAUGUCGGAUUCAUCCACGAGGGUGCUUUCCAUCGAUUCUUCAAUACGUUGCCAGACGAUAUGCGGGACGCCGUAGGAGGACACAACGACGAGAGCGAUGUAAAUCCUUUCGGUCUGCCUGACAAUUUCGAACCCUUUUACUUCGGUGGCAGAGGGUAUCCGUUCAUCGACAAAAGGGGUGCCUUUCUAGCAGGUCCAAUCUGUAGCAGGAGUGUGAAGAAGUUGAACAUAUCUACACAGGUUUCAGUGAACGGGGUUGGUGGAGGUUUGAAACUCGAAUGUUCAGAUAACCGUGGCGCAGCUCUCAUCAUCAAAGAGGGUGCUGAUAAAAAAGAAUGGAUGUCCGGUCGUAGAUUGACCAACUAUAUACGGAAAAACCACAACAGCUGGUACGACCAUACCAUCGGUCAUCUGGAUCUUAAAGUUCCAAGGGAAGAUAUCGUAUUUGUCACUGGUUGGGUAAAAACCGCAGAAUGGGCUAUGGCAGCGUUCGUUCAGGGUGGGCGAUCUGCCCAACUGACGCUCAGUGGGUCGUUUGGCUCGAAUGGAGCAUUUCUUUCCAGCGGGAUAUCGUCAGAUAUCUCCGUAUCGCCGGCGUACAAAAUGGGGCCGAGUGAUGCAAUUCAGCAGUCGUCGUCGGUUCAGGGUUCCUCCGCACAUCGACAUAGUGUGAAGCGCAACCAAUGCAUCUUUCUAAGGUACUACAAAACAAAACGGCGUUUUUUACGGACCUAUGUGAUGCAAGGCGCUGCCGAACCACGGGACCCAUCUUCUCCCAGAGACGAUGACAACAGCGACAUAGAAGUCGAACAUGUGCCUUCAGUUUCAAAGCCGUUUGACCCUGCAGGAUAUGUCCUCGAUUACAUCUUGAAGCAUUCCGAAGCAGAGAUAGCCAUAGCGAGCGAUUCGGACAUAUAUGCACUAUGCAAGGACGAAGAGAUUCCAGACGACAUCCCGGAAUUUUUAGAACGAGUUCAGCCUCAGAUUGAGAUUACCGAGGAUGGCCUUGGUAUUCUAUCUUUUGACGAACUUGCUCACCAUGAGAGCCACGCCGUUCCUCCGGCAGAAGGAGUCCCUACUUCCGCUGAUGAUAUUGAAUGCCAUGACACAGCUGGGAGAGGACUGGCCUCAGAACACCUCAAUGACCAUGCACCGGACGCUCCACUGGGAGAGGAUACUUCCACUCCUGAAACCGAACCCCAUGAUGUAGCUGAAGACAAGUCUGAUUCGGCGACGGGCCGCGUUGACGCUGAAGUCAUCGAAGACCCUGCGAAAGUACAACUGAUCCGCCGACAGAGUAGUAAUACCGCUUCCCUGAUUCUGCGAAACGACGACAACACAGGCGGUGUUCGUGCACUGGCGUAUUCUGGCGAUGGGAAGUAUGUCGCCACAGGUUCAGCACAGUUCGUGGUUGUUCUCUGGAAUGCAAUAAAUGGAGAGAACUUGAGGACUUGUGUUGGUCACAACGAUGGCAUAUGCGCCGUUGCAUUCUCUCCGGACAGCAAGGAGCUCGCCUCUGGUUCGCGCGACAAGCAAGUUAUGAUCUGGGAUAUCGAGACAGGGAGUCGGCGUGCGACCCUCAUCGGCCAUGAUGGAGUAGUGAACAGUGUCAUCUACUCACCCGAUGGCCGCAUCCUUGCUUCCGCAUCAAUUGACUGCACCAUCCGGCUCUGGGAUGCUGCCACCGGUGCUGCGAAGUCUGUGUUGGAGGGACACAAUGCUAUGGUGAUGCACGUCGCUUUCUCUCCUGACAGCAGGCGGGUUGCGUCUGCCGGCGCAGACUACAGUGCGCGUAUCUGGUCAACAGUGUCGGGCGACGAUACGUCACAUGUUCUCCAUGGACACACGGGUGUCAUUUACUCCAUCGCCUUCUCGCCCGACAAUCGUCGCCUCGUAACAGGCUCUGAGGAUGGAUCCAGCCGAAUUUGGAGCGCGGAGAGUGGUGCUGAGCUUGUGAUCUUACACGAGCACACUGGUUGUGUAUGGUCGGCGGUGUUCUCUCCGGAUGGCAAACGUGUGCUGUCGGUGGCGAGCGACGGGGUCAUCAAGGUGUGCGACUCGUUCAGCGGGGACUCAAUGCUCACGCAAGAAGUAAACGAGGGCUUCAGCACGAACACCAGCGCUGGUGCAUUCUCGGUUGACACAUCCCUCUGCGCGACUGCAACCGAUACAACGGUCCGCCUUUGGAGCACGGAGACGGGCACCGCCCUUACUACGUUCGAGGGGCAUUCAGACAAUAUCAACCAUCUGUGGUUCUCUCCGGAUGGCGACCGUGUUGUCUCCUCUUCGGACGACAGCACGUUCCGACUCUGGAGCUUACGCGGCAUACGAGCAUAG